AUGACCGUCGCUACACUGCUCGAGCAACAGGCAGACCUGCCCAGUGCGGAGAGCACCAAGUCGUACUGGCACCAAGAGCCAUCCCAGACGCUGUUGGGGCACCGAACGACACAGGAGCUCCCGGCGGCUGCGGACAUAGUUGUUGUGGGCAGCGGCAUCACGGGGGCGUUUGCGGCACGGGAGCUUGUCAAUGGCGGCAGGUCGGUGUUGAUGCUUGAGGCGAGAGAGGCGUGUUGGGGGGCCACAGGACGGAACGGCGGCCAUUGUCAACCUCUCAUCUACGCCGCCCCACCGCACAUCUCCCGCUUCGAGCUGGCCACGUAUAGAUUCUUACGAGACCUCGUCGCAGAGCACAACAUCUCCUGUGACUGGGAAACUGUUGGCGGCGUCCAUACGCUCCCAGACCGGGAGACGCUCGAUUUGGUCACCAAGCAUCUGAACCGCCUCAAGAAGGACUUCCCCGACCUCACCGACGAGGCAUCCCUCGUUACUGACCAGGACGAGCUGCAGAAGCUCCGGGUUCCAGAGGCCUUUGCUGCCGUGUACCAGCCCAGUGCUGCAAAGCUGUGGCCCUAUAAGCUCGUGGCCUGGGUGCUGGAGCGCCUCCUUGCCGAGCAUGGCCCCGAGACUUUCAACCUCCAGACAAAGACGCCCGUGGAGCGUCUUCAGCGUGUCGAUGACACCUGGGUCCUCCAUACAGCUCGUGGCCAAGUCACUGCAAAGACCGUCGUGCUGGCCACCAAUGCCUACACGUCCCGUCUACUCCCCCAGCUUAGCGGCCUGCUUGUUCCCGUCCGCGGCCAGGUCUGCGCGCUGAAGCCCCCCGCUGAUAGCCCAGCACUGGAGCAUAGCCAUGUCUGGGUGGCUCCCGGCGGCGAUGACUACCUUGUCCAACGGCCUACCGGCGAGCUGAUCCUCGGUGGCGAGCGGCUUAGCGUGGAGGAUGGCCAGGUCGGCGUCUCGCGCGAUGACGACGUCGACGCCACCGUGGGCCGCCAGCUCCGUGCCGCCAUGCAACACGCUGUGAAGCUGAAGACUCCGGGUCAGCCCGAGGACGCGACUCUCGCGGCUGCGUACGAGUGGACGGGUAUCAUGGGGUACUCGCGGGACGGGCACCCCUGGGUCGGCCGCGUCCCAACCGGGCUGGGUGGCGCCGACGGGCUCUGGAUCAGCGCCGGAUAUACUGGCCACGGCAUGCCAGUUACGGCUCGGUGCGGCAUCGCUGUGGCUGAGGAGAUACUGGGACGUUCAGGUGGCGUAGAGCUUCCUGCUGAGUUCCGCAUCGAUGCCGGGAGGGCUGAGAGGGCCCAGGGAACCGUCCUGCCAACGACAUUACUGGAGGAGAUACGGGCGUUGAUCGUCGAGUAA